AUGAGUGGUGUGAAGAACCUCGUCACCAAGACGUUUUCGACGUCAUUCAAGCAACAAGAAAUGCGUAGUUGUGUUCCAUUAUAUCGUCCUAUAACCGUGAUCUUAUUUUUCCUGAUCACCGGGCUCAUAUUUAUACCGAUCGGUAUCGCCGUCUUUGUAGUCACCAACCAAUGUCAAGAGUACUCCGUCAUGUAUGUCGGGGAAAAUUCCCCGGUGAACUGUAAGCCCAAUGUCCCCUGUGAAUUCACAUUCACCGUGACCAAACCGAUGAAAACACCUGUAUACGUGUAUUAUGAAUUAACGAACUUCUAUCAGAACCAUCGGGAGUACUUACGCUCACGCUCGAAUAAACAAUUGAAGGGCGCGGCUAUCACGAAAUACAACGACCUCUCGGACUGCGCGCCACGAGUCUCGCUGAACGAUUCGACGAAGCCGGAAGACUUCUAUGAGCCGUGCGGACUUGUUGCUGCGUCAUUCUUUAAUGACACGUUUAAGAUCGAUAUUGGGACCGCGGGGAAUGCAACGGAACUUGUAUUGGAAAAGGAUAAAAUCAACUGGAAGAGCGAUAAGAACUUGUUUAAAAACCCAAAGGAAAAGAACGGAAUCUCUGUAGUAGACGAUUAUACCGACCCAGACUUCAUUAAUUGGAUGAGACCAGCGGUUAGCUCGACUUUCAGAAAACUCACAGGUAUUAUUAAUAACGUCGAUGAAGUCAAGGGAAACAUCACAGUUACUGUAGUCAAUAAUUUCCCCGUCACUUCAUUCGGUGGAACUAAAACUAUCAUCCUAGCAACUACUUCCGUCUUCGGUUCAAAAAACCCAGCACUCGGAAUUAUUUAUAUGGCCGUUGGUGGGGUAUUCGUCAUCAUCGCAAUACUCCUGUUCAUACUCACUAAGACGUCCCCACGAAAAUUCGCUGAUAAAAGAUUCUUGAGGUGGUAA